AUGCAUUCCCCGAUCAAAAUACAGGACCUUACUGGUAAGGUCGUGAAAAGUGAGAAAAAUCCCUUUGGACGGGGAGGUUUUGCCCAAGUUUUCAAAGGCGAAUAUACGAAGGACUCAGUGUCACCUCCCAUAGUGGUGGCGAUCAAGGUCUUACGGCCCUCAUAUGACGUCGCUGAAACGAAUAAGCUUAACGCGAAAUUGUUACGUGAAGGCCGAGUCUGGAGUGCACUGAAGCACCCGAACAUAACACCUUUCUAUGGUGUUUGCUAUGAUCUGGGGAUACUGUCCACUCCGUGCCUUGUAUGCCCUUACUAUAAGAAUGGCAGUGUACCGGAAUACCUCAGAGUCAACCCAGCAGCUGAUAGGAUGGAAUUAACAUGCCAGCUUGCAACAGGAUUAGCUUAUCUACAUAGUCAGCACCCUUCCAUUAUACAUGCGGAUAUUAAGGCGGCUAACGUUCUUGUCAAUGAUCGAUAUGAGGCCUGUCUUGCUGAUUUUGGCCUAUCACGAAUGCUAGAAACCUCUGGGUUUACGACAACUACCAUUGGGGGGACUUCUCGAUGGAUGGCGCAUGAAUUGAUCAUUCUUCCUGACGACUACGAUGAUACGGAACAAAACACUAGCCUUUUGUACACGACAGCUACCGACGUUUGGGCCUUUGCCAUGACAGUUCUUGAGAUUCUCACGAGUAGGAUACCGUUUGUCCAUCUCCAAAGUGAGGUCGCCGUGAUUCUUGCGAUCAAGCGGGGAGGUCGACCUUUGCACGAAUCAUAUCCUGAAAUUAGGGACAGCAUUUGGUCGAUGUUGGUAAAAUGUUGGGAAACAGAGCCAGGCCGCCGGCCGUCCAUGAACGAGCUCUCACAAUUCUUGCAUCAUAAACUGGCCAAGGAACGGUUGAACAGAAAUCACUGA